UGACAUUGGGCCCUGCAUGGUUUUAGCUGUCACACUUUCCACCAUUUUAACAGAUGUUGUUUCCGAUGGUACAUGCAAUGGAGCUUCCAGCAAAAAAGGAAACCUGACACUCAGAUACUAGUCACCAACCACCUUGGUACUUCAGAGCUCCCACCAUUGAGGCCUAUCUGGUUUGAUUGAUAAAAUUAUUCGUUAUAGGAUUAGGUGACAGUUGACGUUUUUGAUUGAUACACCAUCUUACCCGUUGCUGAUGCCGGUGUGGUUUAUUCAUCAGCAACAAUGCGCUGUGUAUGGGAUUUUAGGCUUUGCAUGACGAGGUAUCAAUACAUAUUAAUUUUGGUUUUCGGUAACACCAUGUGUGUAUCUACGUGCCAGGUAGAGUUUGCUCUUUAGAGAACUGUUUUCUAAAAUAUUCUACAACCGCGGAGUAGAUUUUCGGAUUUUCGGGAGUAAUACGCAGACUGAAUUAUUCAAACGGCAUCCACUGGCGUUGUAGGAUUUUUACUACAAAUCCUUCAAAAACAUGCAGUUACUCUAUCUGUUUUUCUCAUCUGAUGACCAAUGACAGCUCUGAUUUUCCAAGGAUACGCCUUUCCCCGGAUCUUCUCACCUUCUCGACACUGUUUGACAUCUUAAAGUGACGGUGUCCUUCACAACUCCCAUUCAACCUCUUUAUUCCUCGACCCCCACAUAUCCGUCUGCGUGGAAGUUGAUUAAGCCUGCCCCACGCAUAAUGUGCAUUGGCUUCAAUUCAAAAUUGUAUAAGUAAGAAGCUACUGUAAGUUUCUUUGAAUUUUCUUCAAAAAAGGGACCAUCUCUGUUUGUCAGCCGUGAAAGAACAACAAGAUCCGUACUUCAGUAUUACCAUGGAGGUAGAAAUUGUAUUAGCAUGCUAAGUAAUAGUCGGGUACCGAAGUGGAAUUUGGUUCAACGAAAGCGCUGCGCGACACAUGCACGACAGCUCUCUGUUUGAAAGUGGAAAAAAACACAUGCGACAACUUUCAAGGAAUUCUGUGGUCCUUUCCGAGUUCCGAGUCUUGUACGGUGUAACCUCCCUAAAACAUAUCUGGAAUUGAUCUUCUAUAUACUGUGGCGUAACGACGGGUUCUUAUUACUCCAAAGCUGCUGACGUUUGAUGUAAGUUAUUCCAGGAUUUGUUGGGAGAGCCGUUGUUUGAGUACUUUAUCCCGAGGCCGCUUGGGGGAAAAUAAGCAGCGAACGCCCCGGUGUUUUUAACCUCACCGGACCCCGCGGGCCAGCCGUGGUGAUUGACACUGACUCUAACUUAACCCGGGCAGCCUGCGGCGGACUUCCCACUCCAUGAUGAGGAUUUCUGCGUCUGCCUUCCUUUUGUUCACGGACUUUUUACUGUCAUUCGUCUUCAGAUUUGGACAUGGAUUUUUCAACCCUUUUUGCCCAGACUACCGCGACUUUCCCAACGGUUUCAUCAAGUACAAGGGUUUACCCCAAGGGACGUCUACGUUCUACAGCCAGGCUCAACUGGUUAACGGCGUACAGAAACUCCACAAAUGCCACCGAGGGUUUAUUCUUAAAGGUCCUGCUACCUCAAAGUGCUCCAGCGGAAAAUGGUCCACGAAAAAACCGAAAUGUAUUCCAUCACCGUGCCCAAGACUCCAGCCCACGGUGAAUAACUACGACAGCGUGUUAUACUCGAGGGAUCCAAAGGGUGACGGGAACUAUCAUCACGGCACCGUGGCACAAGUCUACUGCAUCACCGGCACAACCCUAGUUAAAGCGGGGGAGGGUUCGACGACGUGCACGGCCGGGUCGUGGCUACCGUCUAUACCGCUCUGUCUGACCAGGGAGACGCUAACCGCUGAUGCUGACCCUAUGAAUUCAGAAAAUAUAUGUGAGCUACCGAAUCUGUUGUCUGGGAUGUACCUGAACGACGCGGUGGACCCAGUGUCUGACGGGGCCCAGGUUGAGUACGAAUGCUUCUCGUUUGCUGAGCGAGCCACCGAUAUUCCCGUACAGUGCUAUCAGGGGGAGUGGUAUCCUGACUCGCCCAAGUGUGUGGAGAAGAGUUGUGAGAUUCCCUCGACCCCUCAUUACGUUGUGAUAGCCACCGAGCUGGACGGGAACAAGUUGGCACACGGGCACCAUCUACAGUUCGAGUGCGAGAAGGGGUACCGUCUGGCAGGUGACUCGGAGAUACAAUGUGUCUUCGGUGAAUGGUUGGGAAACAUCCCCAGAUGUGAACUAGAUUCCACUCACGACUUCUCGUCGUGCGGCGUUGCAGGCGACACCUCCCCGAUCAGAGGACGUGUAAUCGGGGGCAUUGACUCACGGGAGGCGGCGUGGCCCUGGCAGGCCGGAAUCUACUGGCAACGAGAUGACGGGUCGUGGUUUUUCUUUUGCGGCGGGACGUUGGUGAAUCAGAGUUGGGUUUUAUCCGCCGCUCAUUGCUUCGGUUAUGACGAAGACAUCUCUAGACUGGAGGUUCGACUUGGAAUCACAAACCGAAAAACCGACCACGGUACCUACAGAGAGCAGAAAUUUAACAUCGAUGGACUCUACAUUCCCAAACAACACGAUUUCAUCUAUUUCGACUACGACAUUGCCCUACUCCACCUCUCUGAACCCGCCGUGUUCAACACGUUCGUAAGGACCGUGUGCUUGCCAGACGUACCGGCACCAGACGAUGACGUCGAUCGGCUGAUUGAAGUUGACGAGUUUGCCAUGGUCCUUGGAUGGGGCCACAGCUCCCCCGUCCCGGCCAACAGCAGCAGGGGGAACAACUUCGAAGACGCCUUGCAGCAGCUCGAAAUGCCCCUCCGUACUGACUCCACCUGCACCAACAGCCUGAUCAGCAUAGGCGAGGAGCCGGACCAGUACACCGAGCACAUGUUCUGCGCUGGGUACAAUCGAAAACAACGGGAUGCAUGUUUCGGGGACUCCGGUGGGCCACUCAUGAGGCGCGUCGUGCCACCCUUGUCCGGAGAGACUGACUGGCGAUGGGUGCAGAUCGGCAUCGUGAGCUCGGGCAAGGGUUGCGCUGUGAAGGGACAAUUUGCGUUUUUCACUCAUGUGCCCAAGUUGAUGUGGUGGUUGGACUCGGUCAUGAAGGGGAAUCAUACGCCAUCUGCACAUGACAUGUAUCUAGUAUGAGCAUGUAUAUAGGUGGUUUUUAAUACCAGACAAUACUUUAACAGAGUAUGACGCUAAUCAUGCUGCAGACAUACCAUGCCCUCUAGCAUUUUGUUCUGCAGUUUAGAAAUGCCAUCUUCAAAUAUUUUCCUGAGUUAUAUUUUGAGAAUUCUCUUUUUGGAAUUGAUUACGAACGAACUAGUUUUCAUAUAAAAUCUCCACGACAGUGGGAGUUUCGGAGUAUGAACCUGCGACCUCCGGAUUAACGUGCGACGCUCUAUACCAACUGAGCUUCCCCUAUGUUGGCAGUCCGCAUUUUUCUGCACAUUUUUUCUGCAAUCCUUAAAACAUUUUUAUAUACCUUUUUUAAAGAUCUCCCGUUUUUUAAUCGAUUUAGAAACAAAUGUUCCCACAUUAGAAGCACUACGACAGUGGCAAUUUCGUAGUGCAGAUAAUACUUGCUGGCGCUCUCCCUACUCCCUACUCUUUUGUGCGUUGUGCUCAGAUUAAAACAACAUUUAAAUAAAUAUAGGUUUUCUCGGUCAAUUUCGGCAAAUGAGCAGUCAAUUUCAUUUUCAUG